UUCCGGUUUAAGAUUUGACAAACAUUUCUAGCGGGCGUCGCUUGUGCCGACAGAAGUUGAGCGAGUUUGUCUCUGUAGUUAAUGUUGCCCACUGGGUAACUGACUAAUAAAGAGCUAGCUGUUGCCAUUAUAAAUGGAUUGACAUAGUAUACUUUAUAUCAGUUUUAGAGAGACUCUGCUUGUGCGAAAUGGCUGAUUUUUCGGCAUCGGAUACCGAGACUGACGAUUAUCAACACCCUUUGUUGAACCAGCAGGAUAGCACCAAAGUUGAAAAAGCCCCAGCCUGCUGUUCAUCACGUUAUGGCUUGGCGCUGCUGUCCUGCUAUGGUUUCUUUGUGGCGUACGCUCUGCGGGUGAACCUGAGCGUGGCCAUGGUCGACAUGCUGAACACAAACACAACCGGGAACACCAGCUGCUCGCUGUGUCCCAGGCAUGAGGAACCCCUACGACCGAAGCACAACCACACGGCCAGCACGUACGACUGGGACUCUGAUACUCAGGGCUGGAUCCUGGGCUCCUUCUUCUUCGGCUACAUCCUGACCCAGGUGCCCGGGGGCUACCUGGCACGCAGGUACGGGGCCAAGUGGCUGUUCGGCCUGGGCAUCCUGGGCACGGUGGUGUUCACCAUGGUCACCCCGCUGGCGGCUGACAUGGGGGCCGGAUACCUCAUCGCAGUGAGGGCCCUGGAGGGCGUGGGAGAGGGAGUGACGUUUCCUGCCAUGCACGCUAUGUGGGCGUCCUGGGCCCCGCCCAUGGAAAGGAGCCGCCUGCUCACCAUGUCCUACACAGGUGCCCAGCUGGGGACUGUUGUUGCCCUGCCUCUGUCCGGUGUGAUUUGCUUUUAUCUGGACUGGACGUACGUCUUCUACAUAUUCGGGGUCGUGGGGCUGGUGUGGUUCGUCCUGUGGACCUUCCUGGUCAGCAGCACGCCAGAAAAACACAAGAGGAUAUCGGAAGCGGAGAAGCAGUACAUCACAUCGUCUCUGAAGAGCGAGCUCUCUCCCACCACAAGCCACAUUCCCUGGGCCUCCAUUUUCACCUCCCCGUCGGUCUGGGCGAUAGUCGUGGCCCAUUUCUCCUACAACUGGACCUUCUACACCCUGCUGACGUUGCUCCCCACCUACAUGAACAACGUCCUGGGGUUCAGCAUCAAAGAGAACGGGUUUCUGUCCGCGCUGCCGUACCUGGGCAGCUGGGCGCUGGCGCUGCUCGGCGGCCUCCUGGCGGACUGGCUGAGGGAGCGGUGGCUCAUCUCCACGGUGGCCGUGCGCAAGGGCUUCAGCCUGGCGGGCAUGAUCGGGCCGGCCGUGUUCCUGGUUGCCGCGGGUUACACGGGCUGCGACUACGUCAUGGCGGUGUCCUUCCUGACGGUGUCCUCCGCCCUGGGGGGCCUCUCCAGCUCCGGAUUCGGUAUCAGCCACCUGGACAUCGCACCCUCGUAUGCGGGCAUUUUACUUGGCAUUUCUAACACGUUCGCCACUGUGCCGGGCAUGGUGGGACCUAUUAUAGGCAGGGCCCUGACACAUUCCAACACCAUAGAGCAGUGGCGAAUAGUGUUCUUCAUCUCCGGCGGGAUCAACGUGUUCGGCGCCGUCAUCUUCGCCCUGUUCGGAAAGGGCGCGGUCCAGCCCUGGGCCGUGUCCAACGCCUACGUCAACGGGCCCUGAAGGAACGCGGCCCAAAACGGCUGACCCCCCUGGCCAGACCUGGGUCAAAAAAAAAUACGGAUUUGUUUUGGAUUCAAAUUCUUUUCUACGCUUGACUGGCCUUGUCUGGUGUAUUGGAACCAAUGAAAUGCUCUCGAGAAGUGAAAUCCCCUGUCUUCUGGUCAUAUUGGCAGGCUGACUUACACCAGGCAAGAUCAAUAGAUCUCAGAAAAGUACGUGAAUCCAAAACAAAUGCGUAUUUGACCCAGGUCUGCUCCUGGCACUUUAGUUUAUUCUCAUAUAGUUAGCCAGCCUAGAUGGACUGGUUCAGACUGGUGUAAGCCAGUCUGGUCCUGUAAACGGUUAAACACUACAAUGUUGGGAGAUGGCCUUUCCAAAAAAAACGUACUUCACUUUGCUUUGUGUGUCUUACCAUAAAGGGUUGAGGCAAGGGUUGUUACUCUGCUUUUCUUUGUUAAUCAGUCAGCUCUCUUGCAUUGAUUUUUUUUCUUCAGUAAUAUUCAUCCCAUGAUAUAAUCAGUGCAUCAUGCCUCAACCCUGUGGCUUACGGGUAAUAGUCUGUGUCACGCUGUUUUAGAAAAGAAAGGGAUUUACUUGUCACUGUUACAGAAAAUUAUGUUAAAAUGGAAAAGUUUACAUGGCUUUGUUUACAAUUAUUGUAUGAAGUGCUGUUAGCCGAUUGAAGGUAUUUCAGAGUGAAGAUCACAGUAUGCAUUUUUGUUUGUUUUUAAAUCUUGUUUUUAACUGUAUUUUUUUAUCUUGCUAUUUUUAAAAACAUUUUUUUCCUCUCGCCCCAAUUUGCGAUGUGCGGCCUUUUGUGUUUGCCUGUCCAAACACACUGCAAAUUCCUCUUUCCUGCUGGCCACAGGUGGCAUUGGGUCGGGUAUGAUUUGAUACCUGUUCGCAGGGUGCAUCAUUCCACAGAAAGCCAGUACUUUAGUCAUGAGCCACCCAGCAGCCCUUGGAUUUUUACUAAUUCUUUUUUUAAUGAUAAUUCUUUUAUGUUACCUGCUUCAGACAUUCCCUCUAAUGGUGGCUCUGUAGCCAAGCAGGAUAUCUUUUGCAAGGUGUUCAAUAAAGGGAGCUUUAUAUCUCUGGCAAA